UUGGCAAAAACGUGAUGUUUUAGAAGAUAAUGCUCCUACGCGCGGAAACUAUUGCGCUCCUGUUAACUGGGAUACAUUCAUCGGUGUGCUAUGUACUCAUUAACCAUUUAGCAGGGCUUGUUAAUAUUAAAUGUUAAUGUCUGAAGUAUGCUUCGUUUCAUGAGUACAAACUCGGAACGAGGUUUGUCACAGUUUCACUCUCCAACAUAGCGCGAAGUCUUUCCUCCGAUUUUGUGCAGCUGCGGCAGGUUGUGAAACAGUACCCGAGGCAGAGCAGCCUGAGCCCACUGGGAGCAGCGUCACUCCUCCUGGCAUAUUAUCCAGCGCCCACUGUACGCGCCAAACACACCGCGACGGAGGACGUCAGGAUCGCAUCCCAUCCUCAGCGCGACAUGGUCUGCGUACCGGAUCUCAGUCCCGCUAUCCUCCCCGAUUCCGUCCGGCGUUUCGGCGAGGGGGUAUUCACGCGCACCGGCAUACAAGCAGGGUAAAGAACUCCUCGAUGAAGAAGUGCAUUUAGAAUCAGCCCCUCACAAAAAUUGAUAACAAAAAGUGGAAAAACGUAUCACCUAUCCGCGGGUUUAAGGAUGAAAGAAGAGCCAUCACAAAGACGCCACAUCUGCAACUUCAGGAUUUACUUGUAAAGGCGCUUUUUUAUUGGAGGUCGCGGAAUUAUCAGCGCGUAAACAUGCCUGUAAGAAGGGGUCACGUUGCGCCACAAAACACGUUCCUUGGAUUAAUCAUUCGGAAAUUUGAGGGUCAGAAUCGCAGGUUUGUGAUAGCCAACGCCAGGGUGGAGAACUGUGCGAUCAUAUAUUGCAACGAUGGUUUCUGUGAGAUGACGGGCUUCUCCAGACCGGACAUCAUGCAGAAGCCCUGCACCUGCGACUUUCUCCACGGGGAGCUCACCGACAAGGAGGCGAUCAGCCAGGUGGCGCAGGCUGUGCUUGGCUCCGAAGAGCGCAAGGUGGAGAUCACCUACUACCGGAAGGAUGGGUCUGACUUUCAGUGUACCACUCACGUAAUCCCAGUGAAGAAUGAAGAAGGCUUGGUGAUGAUGUUUAUUUUGAAUUUUGAAUACGUUGUGGAUGAGGGAAGCGACCACUCCACAGAGAACAUAAGCCCUGCAUCCCCUACAAAGUCAGAUCAAAGGAGGAGCAGAUUCUUUCGGUUCCGUCAGGUCGCUUUGAGCCUGAUGAAUACCAACAAGCAAUCUCUUCCACAAGAGGACCCAGAUGCUGUGAUGGUGGAUUCUCCCAAAGAAGACGAGGACUCCGUGGCCUUGCAGACCUAUCCCUCGCCCACUAAGAGCAUUUGCAGUCCUGUUGAGGCCAAUGACACGCAUGCCCUCAUCAGCUCCAGCCACCACUCUUCCCAGGCCAGCAUCGGCCCUGAACCACUUGAUCAUUCAUCCCUCAAAGUCCCCUGGGACAAGCUGUACCAGACGGAGCCUCACCAAUCCUCUACGUCCCUGUCAAACACCUUCCCAAGAGGCAGCACCAGCAGCAUGAGGAGAGCCUCAUCCAUCCAUGAAAUUGAGGGCUAUAGCUCUAAUUCCAAAAGCGUAUUCAGGGACCGACACACAAGUGAAGGCCCGUUCAACCAUGUGAAGUCCAGUCUGCUCGGCUCUACCUCUGAUUCAAACAUCAACAAGUACAGCACCAUCAACAAGAUCCCCCUGAUUGCACUCAACUUCACAGAGGGCGCCGAUAAGAAGGCUCAUUCUCCCCCGACCUCUGAGAAAGCCAUCAUAGCACCGAAAGUUAAAGAUAGAACUCACAACGUCACAGAAAAAGUUACACAGGUCCUGUCACUAGGAGCCGAUGUACUUCCAGAGUACAAACUCCAGGCGCCCCGCAUUGAUAAGUUCACCAUCCUCCACUACAGCCCCUUCAAAGCAGUAUGGGACUGGCUGAUCCUGCUGCUGGUCAUCUACACAGCCAUCCUCACUCCUUACUCCGCUGCUUUCCUGCUCAACGACCAGGAGGAGCAGCGGAGGCGUGAAUGUGGCUACUCCUGCAGCCCCCUCAAUGUAGUAGACUUGAUGGUGGACAUCAUGUUCAUCAUUGACAUCCUCAUAAACUUCAGGACCACCUAUGUGAACCACAACGAGGAAGUGGUUAGCCAUCCAACUAAGAUAGCGAUCCAUUACUUCAAAGGCUGGUUCCUAAUCGAUAUGGUGGCGGCGAUCCCCUUUGACCUUCUGAUCUUUGGCUCGGGAUCAGAUGAGACAACCACUCUGAUCGGCCUGCUAAAGACAGCUAGGCUCCUACGGUUGGUGCGUGUCGCCAGGAAGCUGGACCGUUACUCUGAGUACGGAGCUGCUGUUCUGAUGUUGCUCAUGUGUAUCUUUGCCCUAAUUGCCCACUGGUUGGCCUGUAUAUGGUAUGCCAUCGGCAAUGUGGAGAAGCCCUACCUUGAGCACAAGAUUGGCUGGCUCGACAAUUUGGCAUUGUCCAUAGGGAAGAGAUACAACUACAGUGAUCCUACCUCUGGUCCCUCCAUCAAGGACAAGUAUGUCACCGCCCUUUACUUCACUUUCAGCAGUCUCACAAGUGUGGGCUUUGGGAAUGUUUCCCCCAACACCAACUCAGAGAAGAUCUUUUCCAUAUGUGUCAUGCUAAUUGGAUCUCUCAUGUAUGCUAGUAUUUUUGGAAACGUCUCUGCCAUCAUCCAGAGACUGUACUCUGGGACAGCCCGCUACCAUGCUCAAAUGUUACGGGUCAAGGAGUUCAUCCGCUUUCACCAGAUCCCCAACCCUCUCAGGCAAAGGCUAGAAGAGUACUUCCAGCACUCAUGGACCUACACCAAUGGCAUCGACAUGAACACGGAGGUGUUGAAAGGUUUCCCUGAAUGCCUGCAGGCAGACAUUUGCCUCCACCUUAACCAAAAUCUUCUAGAGAACUGCAAAGCUUUUGAAGGGGCAACCAAAGGGUGCUUGAGGGCCUUAGCCAUGCGCUUCAGAACCACUCAUGCUCCUCCUGGAGACACUCUGGUCCACAGCGGUGAUGUUCUCACUGCUCUCUACUUCCUGUCCCGUGGCUCUAUUGAGAUACUAAAGGAUGACAUUGUGGUAGCUAUUCUGGGAAAAAACGACAUAUUUGGAGAAAUGAUCCACCAAUGCACCACACCAGGGAAGUCCAAUGCUGAUGUGCGCGCUCUGUGUUACUGCGACCUGAGUACCAUUCAGAGAGAAGACCUGCUGGAGGUGCUGGAUAUGUACCCAGAAUUCGCUGACUACUUCUUCAACAACCUGGAGCUCACCUUCAACCUCAGAGAUGAACCAACCAAGGUUGAAAUGCCUGUCGGCGUCCAAGAGGGUGAUCCAGAUGUUGAAGGUAACAGAAACACGAAAAGAAGAAUCUCCUUCACGGCAGAUAUACCUACAGGGGAAAACAAGGAAGCAGAUCAGGACAUUCAAAAGGAGAGCGUGGCCAACUCGGGCCUGAAGAGGUGCUCCGUGGCCCUGGGUUCUUCCUCACUCAGUGUCCCAGUCCUAGACUCGGAUCUCAUUGUCAGAGACAGUAUGGACAGACGACCCUCUAUAGAAGAUCUGCGCUGUGAUAAAUGGGCCUGUAAGAAGCCUGCGGACUACCUGGAUGAGUCAGCACAGAUCCAGGACCUGAGAGAGGACGAUAAUUCUGCCAGCGAAAUCACAUACGGAGAGGUGGAACAACGCUUGGGUCAGCUUCAGGAGCACUUAAACAGGUUGGAGUCGCAGCUCAUAUCAGAUAUUCAGACCAUCCUGCAGAUGCUGCAGAGACAGCCGACUCUGGGACCCCCCGCCUACAGCACUGUGACUGCCAGUCCAGAAUAUCAAAGAUCCGCUGUGAAGGUUCAGCCAGUUGCUCUGUCUGCAAGCCAUUUAUUCAGCCAUACAAACACUCAAGGCCCCAGCCAAAAACUGGAGAGCACCAUUCAGGAAUCCAAAGACUCUGUGUCCAGCUUGGCCAUUGCGAACCCACCCAUAGAGGACACUCUUACAGCAUUUUUUGAACAAAGACAUGCAGACGUGCAGCAGCAGAUCCCAGCACAGCAGCAGUCAGCAUUGAUCCCUCUCCCAGCUCAAACCUCAUCUGCCUCCUGUUCUUCUGCGCUGCCCUCUGACCCCGAACACACCUCGGAAAGACAGCACAGAACUGUCUCAGACCCCGAGUUUCCCAGGACAUAAAGCUCUCUGCAGUCACAUAUGGCAAUAUCGGGGUUACUAUGCUGUAAUUAAUAGGUAGCACCUUUUUUGUUGUUUUUAUCAGCAUGCAGACACAAAUGUCUGUUUUUCAUCAUUUAAGGUGGAUAUGUUAAAGGAAGGAGAGUUCAAGUCAUUGUGCAUGUAGAAGAAAUGUGUUUUUUUUUCUUCUCUGUUUUAAAAGAAUCUAUAAAGUGUACUCAUUUUAAUUCUAAAAACCUACAAAAAGCUAAAAACCUGUUCUACCGAGAGGGAACUGCUGAUAUUUAUUGGACAGCACUUCUAUUUGCUGGUAUUAACACUUGGCCGUAUUAGAAAAAGAACUACGCCCAACUAGUGUUUUAGAGGCUUUUCCCUGGUACUGUGCAUUAGCUUUUAGGCUCUUCUCAUGGUUGGUUCCAUCAGAGUGGGACACCAGGCCCGGGUCAGCCAGAACGAACACCAACCGACUAAUAUAAAACCUGGACGUGUCACCAGUAUACCAGUCUCUUUUUAUUAACAACUAUAUUCACCAGUACAGGGAAAGGUAACACGACAAUCAGAGCAAUGUGUCACUGAACAUGUCUAAACAAGGAAAGCUGACGGACCUACCUCAGACAAUUACUGAUCUCUCAUAGAGGCCAGUAAUUUAGACAUUACUUCUUCACAUAAGGUUUUUUUUUAACACUCCAGUGUCAGUUUGUUCUUCAAUUUGACUGACUAGUCAUCUGAUAUUUACUAUCCUGAUGUAUGAUGGACUGAUAAGCAUUCUUUGCGGUUUUUCUGGGAUGUCACCAACAAUAUGGGGUCUUUAAACCAACCGCGACUGCUAAAAAUAUAUAUUCCUUUCUGAUCUAGGGGAUGGAGACAGUAUGGGUGACAGGCAGUCAAACAAGCUCCCUCAAAUGCAAAAUCUGGGCCCAAAGAAAGACAUAAGCAAGUCAGUGAAUUGACAGGAUGACAGGUGUUGGCCAGCAGGCUGCCACUUAGAGUCACGCUUGUGCAGAAAGGAGGAGCGCAUCAGUAGUAGAAGGCCUCAAACGCUGGAAAUCCACGGAUACUCAGGAUGUUGAAACGCUUCCGAGCCUUUCAUGCCUGUAGUAUGACGAUGGGAAGUAUUAUACUAACUGGCCACUUUAAUGGGUACACCUGUUCAGCUGCUUUUUAGCACAAGCAUCAGCCAAUGGCCUUGCAACGACUCAGUCCAGACGCAUGCAGGUCCACUGGGAUUUUAAUGGACAGCCAUCUCUUGGGUUUACAGAGAGCGGUCUGAGAAAAGAGAGAAUAUCUGGCGAGCUGCAGUUUUGGGGAUAGAAAGCCUUUUCGAUGUCGGUGGGGGAUGGGUAGACUGGUUCAAGAUGAUGGAAAGGUAACAAAUAACCCGAAUAACCUAAUGUCAAAACCAAAUCACGCAGGGGCCAUCGCCACACCUUUACCGCUGAAAUGGGACGUAACGGCUGCAGUUGACUGACGCUCAGCAAGAUUGGACAUGGUCAGGAUGGAAAACUCUGGUCUGGUCUGAUUAGUAUCAGUUUCAGCUGGGGCAAUCAGGGGCUAGGAUGAGAAUUUGGUGAAAACCAAUCGAAAGAGUGGCUUUUUCUUGCCAAGCUGGUGGUUUAAUGGUAUUGGAGAUAAUUCCCUGAUACACUUUGACCUGGGUUAGGCUCUUUAGUACCAAAUUAACCUUGCUGACCAAAGCGCAAUGUCACAAAGCUAAAAUCAUCUUAAACAGUUUUUUUGAACAUGACAAGUGUGCUGUGCCCCAGUUGCCUCCACUGUCACUAGAUCUCAUUCCAAGAGAGCACCUUUGGUAUAUGGCGGAACUGGAGAUUUGCACCGUGGGUUAGUGACAAAUCUGCAGUAACCACACGAUGCUGUCGUGUCAAUAUGGA